GCCAUAUGAGUUGCUCUUUUUGUCUAAGUGGGUUGGUUUAAAUGGACUCACUGUAUUGGUGCACGGGUGUGGGGCGUGUCUCAUGGGUGUGGUAGAGGAUAAAUGUGGUUGCACUCACCUGUUCACGGCACCUGAUGUUGAUGAGCAGAAGGUAGGGUGAGCAUGAGGCAAAACUUUCUGUUGACCGCAGCUUGAGCGCAGCUUGAAUGAAUUUGAAAUAGUUUGACUGUUACUUGAUGGUUUUGUGUAUAUUCAUGAACUAAUUGAUGCCAUAGAAAAGUUGUAGUUUGGCAUAGUAGUUAGCUAGAGCCAUUUUAGUUAGUGCAGUCAUUUGUUUGUGCAGUCUGUGCGCUUGCAUUGGUGUAAUUGUUAAUCCCAUGUGCUGAUUUGUAUAUUAGACGGUGCAUGUGGAAUAAAGGAGCAAAUGUUACAGAAGUGUAUUUUAUGCGUUUAUUGUUGCGCGUCAUCUGUGUCCUCAUGUUUAGCCUGCCGCGGCCGUAGGUUGGAGGAGCCGCAAUAAUUUGUCAACAGAAAACGUUUUGUAGGUUUUAUUGGAUUAUUUAUAUAUAGAUGAGUUUUAUUGGUGAGAGUUUUGUAGUUUGCUGUUGCCUUUGUCCAUGCGCUUUUAGAUCAAGCCUUUGGCUACACAAAACAGAUUUCUUUCAGGAGUCUUAUUCCCCUGUUAGGUUUCAGCGGUACAGCUGCACUAGGCGUUGUACUGAUUUACUUUCUAGUUAUUGUGCAUCAGGCGGCUGAAGCCAUUGGCUUGGGAGUACCGCCGCAGUUUGUGUUUAAGACAGUUUGUCUUCCUCACAGCUGACGGUAUGGAGGUACAUAAAUACCCACCGCUAGUAUGUACCGAAGACUAGGUUGAGUUAGUUAGCUUUAAUAGGCAGAUAGUGGGGGAUAUUGCUCCUGUUAAUUGUGUGUCCAAGGUUUUAUGAAGUGAAUGUCAUCAAGUUGAUGUGUUGGAACAAAGCUGUGUGGCAUAGGUGCAGUACAGUAUUUGGAUUUUGUAAUGCUUUGAAGAAAAAUGGAGACACACCAAUUAAUACCAUGUGUUGAUGAGGUUGGAAAGAAAAGACAGCCGAAACCAACUGCUAAGGCUUUGGAGAAUCAGAUUGAAAGGCUUCAAACAGAACGUCACACUAAAGUUAAUAAAAUUAAAAAGGUCAUAAAGGUGAUUAAGGAAUUAAAGCAAUCUGAAGAUAAUGUUUCCACUGUUCAUGCUCAGUUAGAGAAUUUGUCUGUGUUGCUUAGUGAGGCAACUUGUGUGCAUGAAACCUUGCUUCCUUUGCUUCCUCAAGAAGAGCAAGAAAAACAAACUGCUUGGUUUAUAAGUGUGCGAGCACAUAAUACUGAGUUUAUGGAAGGGAUAAAGAAAUGGCUUCAUGAUACAAAGGGAAACUCUCAGAGUAAAAAUCAGGUGUCUGAGCUUGAUUUGCCUCAGUUGAAUCCAGCUGAUGUUAAAUCUUCUGAUGUAUUACCUGCUGGAAAUGGUUCUGGUGCUUCUAGGCACGCCGGGAAUGUUGGUGAAGGUGCUGUGAUAGAUGUUAAUCCAAGUGAUAGCAUCUCUAAUGCUGGAAACAGAAGUUGUAGAAAAAGCAAAUCAUCACUCAGUGGCUCUACGGUUUCAUCUGCCUUGUCAGCACGCAUAACAGCAGAGGCUGACAUGGCUGCCCUUCUUGUUCGACAGAGGUUGUUGAAAGAAAAGCAUGCUUUGGAGGAACAAGAAAUACAGCUUAAGAAAAGAAAGGAGCUGCUUGACUUAGAAACUGAAAUAGCAGCCUCAGCAGCAAAGGUGAAUGUUUUAAAAGCUUCUGAAAUGUCCCGAGUCUCAAGUGCCGUUAAUGGUAAAUCUGAUGGAAUGAAUUCGUAUUUAGAACGAGAGCAGGGGCGUUUAGGUGUUUUAAAUCCUAAUGCUCCGAUGUUCAAACCUGUGUUACCAGAGCGACCCUAUCAGGGUGUUGAUGCAAGUGAUCAUCAAGCGCAGGUAUUGGAUGUAAGGCCCAAGGUUAAAAAUACUUUUCAGCCCAAGGUCAUUUCAUUGGAACAGUCAGAGAUGAAGCCACAAGUAUUUCCAGGUGCAGUUUCGACUAAUCAGAUGAUGUCGCAGUCUCACGUACAAUCAAAACAUUUUACACAUACAGAGCAAGGUAGUGAGGGUCAUGAUCAUCUAGUCACCGUUUUGCAAAAACAAAAUGAAAUUACAACUUUGUUGGCUGAGCAGCAGUCUCUGUUUUUGCUACCACGGCGUGACAUUCAGUUCUUUGAUGGCGAUCCUUUGCAAUAUCAAACAUUUAUGAGAGCUUUUGAGCACAUGGUAGAGAGUCAAGCUCACAGUGCUAAGGAUUGUUUAUAUUUUCUCGAGCAAUACACUAGAGGCCAUCCAAGAGAAAUGGUCAGAAGCUGUCAGUAUAUGCCUGCUGAGUAUGGAUAUGCUAAAGCUAAAUCUUUGCUCCAGGAGAACUUUGGCAAUUCGCUGAAAAUUGCUGCUGCCUACAUUGAAAGGGUCAGUAAAUGGCCACUUAUAAAAUCUGAUGAUGUGAAGGCUUUGCAGGAAUAUGGGUUCUUAUUAAGGCAAUGUUGCAAUGCAAUGGGAGACGUUGAGUCCUUGCAUGAGUUGGAUGUCUCUGCUAACAUGCAAGCAGUUAUAAAAAAAUUGCCUUAUAAGCUCAGGGAUAAAUGGAGGAAUGUUGCCUGCGAUCUGCAGGAGAGGUUCCAACGUAAAGUGGGUUUUAGCGAUGUUGUUGAGUUUGUUGAAAAGCAAGUUAAGAUCGCAAGUGACCCAUUGUUUGGAGACAUAAAGGAUCCUCCACCAGCCAUCAGAAAAGAGGCGAGGAAUGUUAAGUCUCAGUUUUACCCUAAGGCUAAGAAGAGUAGUUUUGCUACUACAGUGGCCAAGGUGGAAGGGAAGAUUGAGCCGGCGUUGAGGCGAGAGAGUGGUUCAGUUGUGACCAAGGUUUGCUUGUUUUGUGGAGCAAGGCAUAUGUUGGAUUUGUGUCCUUCAUUUGAAAGAAAGUUGCACUGUGAAAGAUUAUCUUUUUUGAAAGAGAAUGGUGUGUGUUUUGGUUGUCUGCGCAUUGGGCACAGAAGCAAGGACUGCAAGAAACGUCUCUUGUGUAAAGUCUGUAAUCAGAAACACCCCACACUCUUACAUAUCCACUCCAAGCAGAGGGAAAGUGUUUCAGUGCAAACUAUAGGAGGGGGAGAACCACCAGAUGAAGGUCCUUCAUGUGCUGUGCAAAGCAGUGGUGUUACUGGGGCCGGUGAGCAAAAUAGUGCUCUAGCCAUAAUACCAGUUAGAGUGAAGUCCAAGAAAGGUAAUCAGUCACUGAUAACAUAUGCUUUCCUAGAUCCUGGGAGCUCAGCUUCAUUUUGUACUGAAGGGCUCAUGAAUAGGCUGAAUCUUUCAGGAAGGAAAACUGGCAUUCUGUUGCGGACAAUGGGUCAGGAGAAAAUGGUCAGUAGCUAUGUAGUUUCAGAUUUGGAAGUAGCUGGUUUAGAUUUAGAUCACUACUGUGAGUUGCCUGACUUAUUUACUCAGAAAAGCAUGCCUGUUCAUCAAUGCAAUAUUCCCCGACAGGAAGAUCUGGACAGAUGGCCACAUUUGCGCCAUAUUAACAUACUGGAGAUAAAUUCCGGGGUAGACCUGUUGAUCGGGACCAAUGUGCCCAAGGCUUUAGAGCCAUGGGAGGUUGUUAGAAGUCAGUAUGGAGGUCCCUAUGCAGUGAAAACUGUGCUGGGUUGGACAGUGAAUGGUCCUCUCAGAGAGGAUCGUAAGACUGACAUUUUUGAUGUGAGCGUCAAUAGGAUUUCCGUGGCAAGAUUGGAUGAGCUGUGGGAACGUCAAAUGAAGGCUGAUUUUCCAGAAUGUAGUCAGGAUGAGCAGUUUGCAUUGUCUAGAGAAGAUCAGCAGUUUAUGAAGUCAGUGAUGGACUCGGCUAAGUUGGUUGAUGGUCAUUAUACCAUUGGUUUACCUUUUAGGUGCAAUCAGGUAAAAAUGCCAAACAAUAAGAAGGCUGUGGAACAGCGAACCAUGAGCCUUAAACGGAAGUUUAUUAGGGAUGGUUCAUUUCAUGUCGAUUACACCAGUUUUAUGACUGAAAUCAUUUCCAAAGGGUUAGCAACAGAAGAGCAGUACUUGCUGUCAUACCUCAGCAGGAACGAUCCAAGGAGGUUAAGGAUUUGGAUUUGGAUAGUGAUGUUUUGCCAGUAGAGAGAGCACUGGGUGUACAGUGGUGUAUCCAAUCAGAUACAUUCAAGUUUAAGAUCACACUUAAAAACAAACCUCCCACAAGGAGAGGGAUACUGUCCCUUAUGAGCUCGAUCUAUGACCCAUUGGGGUUUUUAGCACCUGUGGUACUGUCUGCUAAGUUGAUCCUUCAGAAACUGUGCAGAAAUCAUUGGGGUUGGGAUGAUGUGUUGCCAGUUACUGUUGAACAAGAAUGGACAGUUUGGCUAAAUGAUCUUUGCCUUCUUGCAGAUUUUAAGGUUGACCGGUGCCUUAAACCUUCUAAUUUUGGAGGUGUUGCUUCUGCUCAGUUACAUCACUUCGCAGAUGCAAGCGAGGAGGGUUAUGGCACAGUCACUUACCUGUUGUUGCGCAGCACCCAGAAUCAAGUGCAUUGUGCGUUUAUAAUGGGUAAAGCAAGAGUGGCUCCAUUAAAACAGACUUCCAUUCCUCGCAUGGAGUUGACAGCUGCCUUAGUUGCGAGUAGAAUGGAUAAGAUGUGGAGAAAAGAGCUGCAAAUGCAUUUGCAGGAGUCAGUAUUUUGGACUGAUAGUACCUCGGUGUUAAAGUAUAUCAGAAAUGAAACCUCAAGGUUUAAAGUAUUUGUAGCAAACCGUGUGACCGAGAUACUUAAAGUGUCCAAACCUUCUCAGUGGAGAUAUGUUAAUACAUCAUGCAAUCCUGCUGAUCUGGCUUCUAGGGGAGUUAAGGUGCAAUCCUUUUUGAAGGAUGAUUCCUGGUUUACCGGGCCAAAGUUUCUUGUUGAACCAGAAAUUAAUUGGCCAGUGAAACUUGAUUUUGGAAAGAUCUCUUCAAUUGAUCCAGAGAUUAAAACGGUCGUUUUGGUUAAUGCUGUUGAUGCAAAUGAAGACAACAAUGGUGCGAUGAAGUUCAUUACUUAUUUUUCUUCCUGGACUCGUCUGAAAAGGAUGGUUGCAUGGAUUCUUAGAUUCAGAAGUUUGCUGCAGGAACUUAGUAAAAGGAGGAAACAGUUGAAAGAGAGCUUUGCAUCUAGCGCGACUAAAGAAAAUCUUGAGGGAAAGCUUGAAAGAGAGUUACAAACUGUCAAGGACCAUGCUGCUAAAGGAUUUCUCUCGGUAGAAGAACUCGACAAGGCAGAGGAUGCAGUUCUUUGCUUUUGUCAAAGAAGGAGAUAUUCAGAUGAGAUCAGUAGGUUGCAGAGGGGUGAAAAGGUGAAGAAGAGUAGCGAGCUCUAUCGGCUUAAUCCUAAGCUUGAGAAUGGUGUGUUGAGAGUGGGAGGUAGGCUUAGUAGAGCAGCUAUGCCUGAAGAUGCAAGGCAUCCCGCUAUUAUAGCUAGGGAUCUUCAUAUUUCUGACCUUGUGCUUCAACAUGUACAUCAGAAAAUAGGGCAUGGUGGACGUAACCACAUGCUGUCCGAAUUGCAGCAAAGGUAUUGGAUUCCAGGUGCAAGCAUUGCCAUAAGAAAGAUUUUGGCUAAAUGCAUUGUGUGUCGUAGACUACAUGCAGCACCGGGAUAUCAGAUGAUGGCAGACCUUCCACAAGAUCGCAUCUCACCAGAUGAACCUCCAUUCUCUCGGGUUGGAGUAGAUUGUUUCGGACCUUUUCAUGUUAAGCGUGGAAGAUGCGAAAUAAAGAGAUAUGGAAUUAUCUUUACAUGCCUGGCAGUGAGAGCUGUGCAUUUAGAGGUGUUGUCAUCUUUGAGCACAGACUCUUUUAUUAAUGCGCUCCGUCGAUUUAUAUCAAGGCGAGGUCAGGUAUUGGAGAUACGAUCAGAUAAUGGUACAAACUUUGUGGGUGGUGAACGUGAGUUGAAAGAGGCAGUGAAAGGAUGGAAUCAGGCACAGAUUCAUGAGAUGCUGCUGCAAAAGGGCAUAAAGUGGGUUUUUAAUCCUCCUGCUGGUUCCCAUCAGGGCGGUGUUUGGGAACGUCUCAUAAGGUCUGUCAGGAAGGUGUUAAAUUCUGUUUUGAGAAUGCAGAACUUGGAUGAUGAAGGCCUUUGUACAGUUCUUUGUGAGGCAGAGGCUAUUGUAAACAGUAGGCCAAUAACCAAAGCCUCCACUGAUCCUAAUGAUUUGGAGGCCUUGACUCCUAACCAUCUGUUACUGCUUAAGACCAAGCCAUUGAUGCCACCAGGAGUGUUCCAGAAGGGGGACGUGUAUGGACGACGUCGAUGGAGGCAAGUACAGUACAUGUCUGACCUGUUCUGGAAGCGCUGGGUUAAGGAGUACCUGCCCCAGCUUCAAGAGCGUCAUAAGUGGCAGAGAAUCGGACGGAACUUCAUUCCUGGGGAUGUGGUUAUCGUUGUCGAUGAUUCUGCGCCUCGUAACUCUUGGGUGACUGGUAGAGUUGUGGAAGCAAUUUCUGACGGUAAAGGACUUGUACGUCGGAUUCGUGUUAAAACAAAGACUGGUUGUUUGGACAGGCCAAUCACUAAAGUGCGUCUUCUACAGGAAGCAGAAGAGUGAUGAAGAUUGACUUUUUCAAGUGUCUAUUUGUAUUAAUGUGUGUUUGCUUAUUUUGAAUUGAAGUUGUAUUUUUUGAACGUUUGAUAAAGGAUUGAUCAUGUUUAUCAAUAUGUCUCCUACAUGGUAAGUAUGAUGUAAUUAUUGCUCUAAAAUAAUUAGGGGCCGGUAUGUAGGAGCCAUAUGAGUUGCUCUUUUUGUCUAAGUGGGUUGGUUUAAAUGGACUCACUGUAUUGGUGCACGGGUGUGGGGCGUGUCUCAUGGGUGUGGUAGAGGAUAAAUGUGGUUGCACUCACCUGUUCACGGCACCUGAUGUUGAUGAGCAGAAGGUAGGGUGAGCAUGAGGCAAAACUUUCUGUUGACCGCAGCUUGAGCGCAGCUUGAAUGAAUUUGAAAUAGUUUGACUGUUACUUGAUGGUUUUGUGUAUAUUCAUGAACUAA